AUGCGUCUCUCUCUUCUUCUGCCCUUCCUGGGCUCCGUCUGGGCCGCACCCACUGAGCCACCCUCUGAUUCUUUCCCUUCUAUAUUCUACAAUCCUACCAUGCCUACUGUCGAUCCAGCCGAUCUCGGCAUCCCGGACGAUUUGCCACUGUUUCGACGAGCCGCGGAUACUACACAGGACAAGGUUCAGCUCAACGUGAGCCGGUGCACCGCCAGGGUUGAGGGAGAUGGUGGAUGGCGGUUCAAGCCUGUGACCUACAACGGGGUGCUCUGCAUCGUCCAGGGCAUUCCGUCACCUGGGACCAAGAACGGUCAAGACCCAUACGACUUGUAUCUUGAUGCUGCCAUCCCAACUGCGUCUGCGAGCCAGGGUGGAUUUAUUCAAUUCCUUACUAAUGCGUACUUGAGAACGUUUCACAUGAUUGGGAAGGGCCUCGACGACUACGCAAAGGUUACUACCCCCAGCGGCGGCUGGAUCAGCGCUGAUGUAGAUGUCUCGAACGUGCCUAUCCAAGACCAGCCGAACAGGUUCAGUGAACAACUGGUGGAUUCACGGGGCGUCGUGGGCCCCGUGACCCUUUUCGAUCCAACCACAGCAUAUGGCAGCGUCCUUGUCGCUGAUAAGGGGGAUGUUACCGGCGGGGCCUGGCUAACUGGCUGGCCAGUUCCAGCCCCUGAUGUCGAGAACCUUCCAGGCUUAUAUUAUGCCCAAAUUACUUGGUUUUGCAUUAAGACUAGUGGCCAAUAG